UUUGCUAGUUCUGAGGCUGAACUCAUCCCGUGCAUAAUGUCAGGCAUGGAAGAGGAAGACCAGUUGGGAACCGAGUUGGCAAAUACAGAGACGCACACCAGUGUGACCCAAACAAAGAACUCACCGAUAUCUCCACGUCUCGGUUUUCUCCUCUGCUCUCCACCCCAUAACCAAACUACCCACACCAAACCCCACCCCCCCUUCACGAUACUUCCAAACAAACCAACCCAUUUUCUCACAAAAUUACCAUUAAUAAUCCAAUCCAAUCCGCUUCCCCAACCAACAACCCUCGACGCUAAAACGCGCCGGGUUUUCUCCCCUGCGCCCCUUCCUUCUUCUUCCUCAUCCGCCGUCGCGCUGUUGCCAAGCAGCUCCCUUUUUUAGCUUUUCGUUUUUUAUUUUGGUUGUUUGGUGUUUGGGGCGGCAUUGAUUCUUAAAUGGGGAUUAGGGUUUGGGAAAGUUGGAUCGUGAUAUUGGUUUUAUGGGUCCGGCUAGUUUGCGCCGCCGAGCCCGCCUCUUGCCCGACGGAGUCCGUUGCCGACAGAAUCUUCGGCUUCCGGUAUUCCAAUUGCCCCGUCGACGGCGCUUGCAGAUCCGUUGAAUCCAUGGGUGUUAUCGUGGGAGAUGAGGUUUCCUUACAAAGGGCAUUAAAUAUGGUUCACAAGAAUACACAUGAUUAUGUGGCGGUGCUCUUCUAUGCGUCAUGGUGCCCUUUUUCAAGGAUGUUUAAACCAACGUUUUCCAUCCUGGCUUCUUUGUAUCCUUCGAUCCCCCAUUUUGCAUUUGAAGAAUCAGCCAUCAGGCCAAGUAUACUCUCCAAAUAUGGAGUUCAUGGAUUUCCUACACUUUUCAUUUUGAAUUCUACUAUGCGUAUUCGAUAUCAAGGUGCCCGCACUCCUGGUUCUCUUAUUGCUUUCUAUAGGCAUGUUACUGGCUUCAAGACUGUAUCACUGGAUCAAUUGUCACUGGAAAAAAUUGGAUACCCACUAAAUCAUGAGAAGCAUGAUAGCACUGAGCAGGAAAGCUGCCCAUUUUCUUGGGCUAGAUCUCCAGAGAAUUUGCUUCGGCAAGAAACAUAUUUAGCUCUGGCUUCUGCUUUUGUGCUUCUCAGAUUGCUCUACUUCUUUUUACCUGCUCUUCUAUCGUUUGCUCAAUCUGCAUGGAGACGGCAUAUUCAAGACAUGAUAUUGGGGAGCUUGUUGGAGCACCCUUUGGCUUUUCUAAAGCGGGCAGUGCAGUUGUUUAAUUCUCUAAAAGAGCCUUGCAAGAGGAGUAAUUUGCAGGAAGGAGCAAUGAACGCCAGGGUGUGGGCUUCCAAGUCACUUGCCACAGUUUCUAUCGGGGAUGCAAGCACCAGCAGGGGUUAUAGCACUGACUGA